AUGGCUUUUUCAUCGUGGCAGCUUCUCCUCGGCCCGCUCCUCGUGAUCUUGCUCUCUGCGCUACCGGGAGUAAGCGCGGAGCAGGCAAGGGUAUUGCCUAUUCUAGAGGCCCCUAAAUGGCAGCAAGACUCCCAGAUGCAUCUUGAGCUCAGAGCGCCCGAAACUGAGGCCCUACCGUUGACCUAUACCCUCUACCCCCUCACUCACACGGCCGGUUUGAACCAGACAGAGCCAUCAAAACACGACAUCAGGAUUCGUGGCAGUUUGGUUGUUGAUGGUGCCCUCGAAGACCGCAUUCGCUUGAGGAGUUCCGAAGUGAUUGCCUUCCUAAGCUGCGAUGGAGAAAAUGCGACGCAGGAGGUCAAUGAUCUGAUGCUCGAUAAGCCAAAGGCCAUCAUUCUCUACAGCAUAGAGGCUAAGUGCUGCGGUCUUCAGCCAAAGGAACUGGCCUACCAUUACAUCUACACGAUGGCCGAUUCGCAUGAAGCGAAGCAUGCCGUGAACCAUACUCUCCAAGCCGGGGGUGUCUUGCGAGCCACCAUCACGGGAACGUCCAACAGCACUAGUACCCAGUCUGGCACCCAGGAACAGAAUGGUAGCAACUCGGCCGUGGCCAUGAGCAUUCUGUACAGCAUCACCGGCCUUAUCACGCUGCUCUUUCUGGUCAUCAUCGCAACAGGAGCGAUUCGAGCUCAUCGUUACCCGGAGAGAUACGGACCUCGUGCCGGGUAUGGCGGGCAGCCCCGCCAGAGUCGCGCAAGAGGACUGGCCCGCGCAGUUCUGGAUACCCUCCCAAUUGUCAAAUUUGGCGAUCCCGAUCCGGCAAAGCCCGAUCCUGUAAUUGAACUUGAGGCCCAACCUCGAGGGCCAUCACAAGAUGCGUCGCAACUGGGAACCAGAUUGUCGGCAAUUCCAGAGGAACCCCAACAGUCGCCUGUUGGCGUAGCUCCUCCCGCAUUAGGGGAGAAUGCGCCUGUUCCAAAACAGCAAGAGCAGGCUACGAGAGAAGGUGUGGGUAAGACGGGCACUGCUGCUCCUCAGACAAAUGCGUCGAGUUCAGCAGACGGCCGCAAGUCGGAGGACCGACUUGGCUGUUCGAUCUGCACCGACGAUUUUGAGGUUGGGGAAGAUGUUCGCGUGCUCCCAUGCAACCAUAAAUUUCAUCCUGCUUGUAUCGAUCCCUGGUUGGUUAACAUCUCUGGGACAUGUCCACUUUGUCGCCUUGACCUUCGCCCACCCGAACAACGCGACCCCCCAACGCCCCCAGCUCAUACACGCUCUGUCCUGGUUGAUGCGUACGAUCCCUUCCUGAUUGCUGCCUCCUCGCAGUUCGCUCUUGUGACCGCUGCAACAGUUGACUACUGGCCGGGCGCUCCUCCGCCCUCUGAGAGUUCGACCUCGGCAGCGACGACAACGAGGCAGCAACGUCGUCGCUCAAACCGUGCUUCGCGCAUCCUCAUUGACUUGCAGCGUCUGAGGCAUGCCUCGACAAUAGAAGAGAGGAUCGAGAUCUUGCGCCGUCAUCGGUCGCACCAGCGGGGCCGCGAGCGACAACAAGAGGGCAGUGAUCAAGAACAGCAGCCACAGGAGACGCGUGAUGCUGUCGAUGUAUCGGCGUCGGCCUCCGGGGCGAACGAGAACCAUACUGCGGUCGAAUCUCAGGCGAGGGCUGCGGAGGAAAACAUGUCCCAGUCCCAGUCUCAAACCGAGACUCCCCAACAACAAGGUGGAGAUGGGGCAAACUACCAGGAGCAGCAAGGCAGGCGGCAGAGGUUCCGCUUGCGGCUCCCAGAGAGGGUACACCUGCGUGGGCGGAGGAGGGAAUCGUCCCCCCCUCCUGCGUCAACAAGCGACACGACGGGGCAGGCCCCGGAUAAUGGAACCACGGGUGCUACAUGA